AUGGGUGUAGACGUAGAGACUAUUUCACCAGGAAACGGAACAAGUUACCCGAAGCCCGGUCAAAUAGUGGUUGUUCAUUACACCGGUACACUACAAAAUGGGAAGAAGUUCGAUUCCUCUAGGGACCGCGGGCAGCCCUUCAAAUUUACCCUCGGAAAAGGGGAUGUUAUUAAAGGUUGGGAUCAGGGACUUGCUAAAAUGUCAGUUGGUGAAAGAGCCAGAUUAACCUGUUCUCCUGAUUUUGCAUAUGGCUCUAGAGGCCAUCCGGGUGUCAUUCCACCAAAUGCCACAUUGAUUUUCGACGUAGAGCUGUUACGUGUAGAAUGA